GGUUAGUUAGCCAAAACUUUUCUAAUUGAGAGCAACUUGAGGUUAGAGGGGACAAAGAGAAAAGAGAUUGAGAGAGAAGAAAUUGGGAUCAUCAUUCAACAGUUACAAGAGGGUCUAGAGAGUUAAACCAGAAUCUGCAGAGUUACAGAAUCCGAACCGUCUUACUUGGCUGCCACAAAGAGUAAGAGAAAACUUGACCAGUUCCUUAAAGGUAGAAACUACCUUGGCGCUUCUGGAAUGGCUACUAGGACAUCUGAUGAUCAUCGAGUCAAGAGAAUUUGUACUGGCCAUUCUGUCUCAUGCUUAACCAACACAAAUGAAAACAAUCAAAUCUUCAAACCACAGCCUGUCUGUAACUCAAACAGUUCUGGAAGUUUGUUGACAAUUGAGGAUGAAUAUAAACUGAAGCCAGCUUAUGAUUUGACCAUUCUGGAUGAUAUGAGAAAAUAUGGUCCAUCCUGCAAAAUUUAUCCUGCCUCCUCCUUAAUGGAUUCCGAUGAAUCAGCCCAUGGUUGGACCAUUGUGGAUGAUAUGGAACAAUAUGGUAACUCCUGCAAGGAGUUUUCUACCUCUGCCUUAAUUGAUAAAGAUGAGUCAGCCCAUGGUUCAAACAAGUUAACUCCAGAAUACUCCAACCUUUGUAAUGCAACCUCUACGAAUGUUAAUGAUUCAGUCAAUAGUUCGGAUUCUUCAAGUUUAGAUGAGUGUGAUUCAGAACUCGAAAGAGCUUUGAGGUUAUUGAUUUCCAGUGAUGAUGAUCUUCCAAGAUCUACUCCUUCAGCUCACUCUUCAUCUUCACUGAGGUCGAGCAAUAGAAAUUCAAAGGCUGCAGAAAUAUUGAGAUUGCUCUUCUCAGAUGGUCAGUACUUUCGAAAGUCUGUUCCAAUUGGGCCUGGUUUUCAGGCUGAAGUUCCUGAGUGGACAGGUCCUGUCAAUAGGAAAAAUCGUUACGUUGGUGAUGCUUCAAAGAAGUGGUUGGGCACUCGAAUGUAUCCCAUCAAACGGUUAAAAAAUGCAGGAGCUGAUACAAAAUCGAUUGGGAAGGGGAGACCUGACUCUUGUUCUUGUGUCUCUCCUGGAUCUGCUGGUUGUGUCAAACACCACAUCGAUGAAGCGAGACUCCGUUUGCAAGCCGAAAUUGGUCCUGCAUUCCGGACUUGGAAGUUUGAUGAAAUGGGAGAAUUUGCCUCGAAGUCAUGGACUUUGAAAGAACAAAGUACCUUCGAAUCUCUAGUGAGAAAGAAUCCGCUAUCAAAUGAAGCAAGCUUUUGGAAGCUUGCCUUUAAGCGUUUUCCUAAUAAAUGCAGGAAAAGCAUUGUGAGUUAUUACAAUAACGUGUUCAUAACUAGACGCAUGAGCCUCCAGACUAGGUCUUCUGUUGAUGAAAUUGAUAGUGAUGAUGACUAGGCAAAGGAAAUAGGAGAUUUGGUUCAUGCAUUUUACUUGAAUUUCAGUUGUAGCCAUAGUGUUUUAUAGGGCGAUCUUUGGUCGAUGUGGUUACAAAAUGUACAGUUUUAUUCGCAAUCCUA